ACAACAAAUCUUCUUGUUUAGAAAUGCAGGGGAGAGCAUAUCUUGCGCUUUUGAAAUACUUGCUCCUUUUAUUAUAUGUGUACCUGAAUUUCAAAUUUCUCUCAAUUAGUGUUGCUGCCACCUUUGAUAAUGGAAAUACGACGGAUCAUCUUGCCUUGUUAGCCUUCAAGACGAAGAUGACAUAUGACCCUCAAAGUGUUCUGAGGUCAUGGAAUGAUUCUGUGCAUUUCUGCAAUUGGGAGGGUAUCAUUUGUGGCCGCAGACAUAGAAGAGUCACCAUUCUAGAUCUCCAAUCUAGGGCUUUGGUGGGUUCUUUGUCUCCUUACUUGGGAAACAUGAGUUUCCUUAAGGAGAUUAGACUUCAAAACAACACUCUGCAAGGUGAAAUCCCACAAGAUUUGGGCAAUUUGUUUAGGCUUCAAGUUUUACGCCUAGAAAACAACUCCUUUGAAGGGCAAAUUCCAGCCAAUUUGUCUCAGUGUUCAGGCCUUUUGGACCUUCGCUUAUCACGCAACAAGCUAGCGGGACAGGUUCCAGUUGAGCUUGCCACUUUGUCCAAGCUCAUAUCACUUAGCAUUUCACAUAACUAUUUGAGUGGAGGCAUUCCACCAUUUAUUGGUAACCUUAGCUCCCUAGAAAUUUUAUCUGCUGCUGAAAAUGUCUUUGGUGGAAGUAUUCCAGAUGCUCUGGGACAACUAAAGUUCCUGAAAGCUAUUGGACUUGGAUCAAAUCAACUCUCGGGUAUUAUUCCUCCGGCUAUUUAUAAUAUUUCAUCCAUUGAAAUAUUCUCUAUGGCCAAUAAUUCAAUUCAUGGAAGUCUUCCAUCAAACAUUGGCCUCCUCCUACCUAAUCUUCAGUUUCUUCAAAUGUGGAAGAAUCAUCUUAGUGGAUCCAUUCCAGUGUCAUUAUCUAAUGCCUCUCAACUUGAGCACCUUAGCUUAGGCGUGAAUAAUUUCACGGGAAAAGUAGCUGUUCAUUUUGGAAGCUUGCAACGACUCGCUUAUUUAUAUAUGGAGGAAAAUAGUCUUGGAAGUCUGGAAGGUGACGAUUUGAAUUUCAUUACUUCUUUGGCCAAUUGUAGCUACUUGGUGGAGCUAGAUUUAUAUGGAAAUCAGAUCAAGGGAGUGUUGCCCAAUUCCCUUGCCAAUCUCUCUGCAAUUGAGUACAUGUUAAUUGGGGAAAAUCAAAUUUAUGGAACCCUCCCUCCGGGCUUAUCAUCUCUUGUUAGCUUAUCGGCAAUGGUCAUACAAUCUAACAAUAUUACAGGCACAAUUCCUGUAGAAAUUGGUAAGCUUCAAAAACUAACAGCUCUGUAUCUUGACCAUAAUAGCUUAUCAGGACAUAUACCUAUCUCCAUAGGAAACCUAUCAUCAUUAACAUACCUUCGAUUAGAACACAACAAAUUUGAAGGCACCAUCCCUUCUAGCCUUGGGAAUUGCAAUAAAUUAGAAUCUUUUUCCCUCUCCCAAAACAAUCUUAAUGGUUCCAUUCCCACACAACUCUUCUCUAUUCCUCUCAUGUUAGUUUCAGUUGAUCUAUCCAGAAACAAUCUAGAUGGAUCGCUCCCCUCAGAAAUUGGAAAUUUGUUCAAUUUGAAUGAAUUGCAUGUUUCUCAAAAUAAGUUUUCUGGCAAAAUUCCAAAUGACCUUGGCCGGUGCAAUAGCCUUGAGUUGCUUUACAUGGACAAUAACAACUUACAAGGUUCUGUUCCUCCAUCUUUGGCUUCUUUAAAAGGUCUAAAAGAAUUUGAUCUGUCUCACAAUAAUUUUUCCGGUGAGAUUCCAAAAUACCUAGAAAAAUUUGCAUUGGAAUAUGCCAAUUUAUCUUUCAACAAUUUUGAUGGUGAUGUUCCCAUCAAUGGAGUUUUUGCAAAUGCUAGUGCAAUAUCAGUUGUAGGAAACAGUAAGCUCUGUGGUGGUAUACCAGAGCUACAUUUGCCAAGAUGCCCUACUGAAACAUCAAAAAGAAGCAAAUUGCGUAUUGACAAAAUAGUUGUGAUCACAAUCUCAUGUGUUUUUGGCAUUACUAUGCUAUCAAUUGCCAUGUAUUGUAAGUCCAAGAAAAAGAAAAGAAAGCAAUCUCUCACUUCCUUGCAGAUAAAGUCAUUUCAAAGAAUUUCUUAUGAAAUGAUUCUUAAGGCAACCGAUGGGUUCUCUUCUGCAAAUUUGAUUGGUAUGGGAAGCUUUGGAUCUGUCUAUAAAGGAACUUUUGCAGAUGAUGGAGCAACUGUUGCAGUGAAAGUACUCAACCUUCAACAACGAGGUGCUUCAAAGAGUUUUAUGGCAGAGUCCAAAGCCUUAAGAAAUGUACGUCAUCGAAAUAUUGUUAAGAUAAUAACGUCUUGCUCCAGUAUUGAUUUCCAGGGAAAUGAUUUUAAGGCACUUCUGUAUGACUACAUGCCAAAUGGGAAUCUAAAGAAGUGGUUACAUACAGGCUUGGAAAGACAUGUCGAACUUAUUGGUGAGCAACGAAGUCUGAGCCUUCUGCAGAGAUUGAACAUUGCUAUAGAUGUUGGGAAUGGGCUGGAUUAUCUUCAUCACCAUUGUAAAAUGCCAAUUAUUCAUUGUGACCUAAAGCCAAGCAAUAUUCUUCUUAACAAUGAUAUGGUUGCUCAUAUUGGAGAUUUUGGGCUGGCAAAGUUUCUUCCUUGCCUCAUGAAUCCAACUCAAAGUACCUCAAUUGGAGUUAGAGGAACAAUAGGUUACACAGCUCCAGAGUAUGGAUUAGGAAGUGAGAUAUCAACAAGAGGAGAUAUUUAUAGUUAUGGAAUCCUAUUAUUAGAGAUGGUGACGGGAAAAGAACCCAUUGAUGAAAUUUUUGUAGGUCUUAACCUUCAUAGUUUUGCUAGGAUGGCAUUGUGCAACCAAGUGUUGGAGAUUGUAGACCCAAUUCUUUUACAAGAAGAUGGAGUAAAUAAUAAUCAAGGUCGAACACAAUCAAGAAAUGACAGCAAAGUUGAAUGCCUAAUUUGCAUGAUCAAGGUAGGGGUAGCAUGUUCCAUGGACUCUCCUCAAGAUAGAAUGGACAUAAGCGAUGCACUCAAAGAGUUACAUUCAGCCAGAAACAAUUUUAUGCAAGCUAGAGUUGUGUCAUGUAUAUAGAACAGUUGCAUAAGAUUCAACGUCUCUUUAAUGGUGGCUGCAGUUUCACCAAUAUUAAUAGGAAGUGAAUGCUGAAGUUUGUGGCUUUAAAUCACAAGUGCAAGGGCGGUUGUGUUUUAUGUAGGCCAUAGUUAUAUAUGCUUUAUGUUUGGGUAUACGCAAAGUCUAAUUAGCUGGUAUUAUAUGUGUGUUCAACUUGAAUAAAAUAAAUUAUACGUUUCAUGCAUAAAUAA